AUGGCCUCAACGAACGAGUCGACGACACUAAGCGGGGUCACCGCGCCCUUUGCUCUCAUCGAGCCGUCGGCGGCGGGCGACAAGCUCGAGGACCGAGCCAAGGGUGCGAGCCUCAUGGCUGCCGAGAUGUGCAUCGUGCACAACUGCUUCAUCCGCGGCAUCAACGCCAUAUACCUCCAGUGCGUCAACGUGGCGACCAAGGGGACGGAGCAGGACAAGGUCGACUUUGCGGGCUUCGCCGGCGCCUGGGGCCAGAUGAUAGAGGAACACCACGACAUCGAGGAAACGGACGUGUUUCCCGAGAUCAACGAGCUUACGGGGAUGCCGGGCCUCAUGGACGCCAACGUCGAGGAGCACCGCGUGUUCCACGACGGCCUGAGCUCGUUUACCGCGUAUAUCGAAAAGGUGAAGAAGGGUGAGGAGGCGCUCGACGGCGACAAGCUUCGGGGCAUCAUCGACGCGUUCAUGCCGUCGCUGCGGGACCACCUCGAGCACGAAAUCACCACCCUGGUCGAGCUGGAAAAGUACUCGGACAAGUGCGACUGGGCGGCGUGGUUCACGAAGAAGGGCGGCGAGAUUGCGAGCAAGGGCAUGAAGUCGUCGAAAUACCGGAGCGAAGUGUUUCCGCUGGCCUUUUGCCUCCACGACAAGACGUUUGCAGGCGGCAUCUGGGCGAGCUUCCCGCCGCUCCCGUGGCUGGCGACGGUGGUGCUCCGGUGGCUGUUCAUGGGCACGCACAAGGCGUGGUGGCGGUUCGCGCCGUGCGACCUGGCGUCUCAGCCACAGAAGAUGCCGUUCGUGUAG